AUUCACUUUAUUUUCGUUUUCUAUGAAGCAUUAAAGUAUUGUAAGGUAUACAUAGAAAUGUCUUCAAAUUCCGCUGAUUUGAACGGCACUGGCGCUGGGGUUGAAGUGGUUUCAGGAGGAAUUCCUGGUAACCAAAUGCCAAAGAUAGUUCCCACUGGCGAUGGAAGUUAUUGUUUAAAAAUAUUUCGAUCAUCAUUGAACUUAUUGGCCCAUUUAUUAAUCGGGAUAGUAGUUGGUGUGUCACUCCUGUACUGUUUUAGAGGAGGUUUGCCUCUUGGUACUACCGCGAUUCAUAUAGUGUUGUGUGUUAUUGGUUUUCAGUUACUUAUGUCCGAAGCAAUUUUAUCCCUCUGUCCGUAUAAUGGAUGGUCUAAUUACCUGAGAUUAACUGAUAAAAAGAGGACACACGCAAUACUACAGAUGGCUGGCUCAAUUCUAGCGCUUGCCGGAUGUUUCAUUAUGAGCAUUUCAAAAAAUGUUAAUUUCAAUACAUUACAUGGAAAGUUUGCCUUAGUUGCAAUGGUCUUUACUGUAGCCGGUUUCUUGAAUGGCUGGACUUCGUGGUACUCUCAAGAAUUACGUAAUUGUCUACCACCCGCUCUGUCCAAAAUAACGCAUAUCGUGUUUGGUAUCGUUGCUUACGCCAUGUCCGCUGUAACACUGUGCUAUGGUUUGAAUAAAGGCAGCUUCAGAGGUUGGGCAUCCGAGGACUUCACAUACACUCUCAUGGCUUUCACCGGCUGUUUCACCUUUAUUUGCAUCAUCAGCCCACUUUUCAAUUGCUUUAGUAAAACGGCCGCACUUAUAAAAUGAAAAAAAAUUGAAUUUUUAUAUAGAAUCUCAUAAUUCCAUCCUUGUGAUUGAUUUUUGUUUAAUCAUAUUUUUGUAGCACACAUAAAUAUAACAACAAUAUAAAAUUAAUUGGGUGCCAAAAUGUGAUUUUUUUCUAAUUUUUUUUUUGUAAGGAUAUAAGAUAACUUUACAUAGAUAAUGAUAAUAAAAUAAUAAAUGAGAUUUGUACCAGCGAUUAUUUACAAAAUGUCUUGCGAUCUAGCUACAUAAUUGUGUAUUGAUAGAAAGGUACGCUUAUAAUAUUAAAAAAAUAUGUUUAUUGUAAUGAAAUGUUUACAAAAUAUGUUUAUUCAUGUCGUUCCAAUAAAAUUGGUCUCAUUUCACUUUACCUUUGAAAUAGAACCUUUCAGCGAUGUCGUCUGAAAC